AUGUGGUCAAGUAUAGUUUUGCUUUUAACCUUAAGUAGUGGUGUUUUAUGUCAUGAAAAAAGUUUUAUCAACUUCGGCGGAUUCAUUUGCCCACGUGAAGAAAAGGCGCUCGGAAAAUGUCUGCGAGAUGCUCUGAAUACAUUCAUUCCGAAACUGGCAACAGGCUUACCCAAGUAUGAUAUACCGUCCUGCGAGCCACUCCUCGUGCGGUCUCUUUCGGUGAAGCAGACAUCUGGUCCAAUUUCUGUGUCUUCCUCUUUCUCAAAUGUCUAUGUACGAGGACCUUCCACUAUGCGUGUGAAAAAUGUCGACAUACACACAAAGAAGCACGAAAUAGUUGCCCAACUCCACAUUCCUGAAUUAAGAAUGAAAGGGCAGUACAAUAUCAAAGGAAAUUUCUUGAUGAUACCAGUGGAGGGAAAUGGGGAUUUCACGUCGAAAUAUCGUGAUAUAAAUGCCACAGUCACCAUAACACUGGGCAGGUUAAAGAAAGAAAAUGCUUCAGACGCUGUUACUUGUGAGAAAUUGCAUGUCAAAUUUGAUGUCGGGCAGGUAUCUGUAGAUUUGGAGCAUCUCUUCGGGGACGAUAAGGAAUUAGGGGACAUGAUUAACAAGUUUUUAAGCGAAAACUGGCAGAGCUUGUCUGGUGAGCUGCAGGUGCCCAUCGAAGAAGCUUUGCGGGAUUUCCUCAAACCCUUAGCAGACCAUGCCUUUGCUGCAUUGAGCGCUGAUGAUAUUUUAUUUUAG